AAAAAGUAAAAAGCUUGGCCCGCGCUAGUCCGUCUCUUCGACGACCUUUCUCUCUCGAUCUGGAAGUUCGACUGGUUGAGCUUCGAUGAUGGAGAGCAAUCCGGAAGCAGAGACUUGGAGCUCUCUCUGACCAUCUCCAUCGCCAUUUAGCUUCUUCAAUCCAUCUCCUGAUUCGUUUUCCUCUUCUUCUCAUGGCCGCUGUUUGGUUCUCUCUCUUCCUUUGCUUUGGAUUUCUCUUUUUGGUUCUUGAGGCCAGCAUCGGCGACCGCGAUGAGAUCUACAGAACUUGUGUUAAGCAAUGUGAAGAAAAGGGAUAUGUUGGCACCAUCUCCAUCACACAUUGCAAGUUUCCCCCAGAUGAUGCACAUGUCAACAGCUCAUGGUAUAUGCAAGAACCACUUUAUGUAGAGUGGAAACAUCUGAAUUGCAGAAGUGAGUGCCGAUACCACUGUAUGAUGCAAAGAGAAACGGAGAAAGAAGCACAAGGGCUUGGUCCUGUCAAGUACCAUGGAAAAUGGCCUUUUAAACGUGUAUUUGUAUUUCAGGAGCCGGUUUCAGCUGCCUUUUCAGCACUCAAUCUUUUGAUGCACUUCAUUGGAUGGCUAUCCUUUUUCAUUUUAGUACAUUACAAGCUGCCUCUGAGACCUCAGAGUAAGAGAACAUACUAUGAAUAUACUGGCUUGUGGCAUAUCUAUGGGCUCUUGUCGAUGAAUGCCUGGUUUUGGAGUGCAAUAUUCCAUACACUAGAUUUCAAUUUGACGGAGAAGUUGGAUUACUCAUCAGCGGUGGCUCUUUUAGGAUACUCUCUAAUUUUAUCCAUACUGAGAGUCUUCAAUGUGAAGGAUGAGGCAUCUAGGGUCAUGUACGCAGCCCCGGUACUAGCCUUUGUGACAACACAUAUCCUGUAUCUGAACUUCUACGACCUUGAUUAUGGUUGGAACAUGAAAGUCUGCCUGGUGAUGGGUAUUGGUCAGCUUAUGAUUUGGUCAGUCUGGGCCGGCAUUACUUGCCAUCCUGCUCGCCUCAAGCUGUGGGCAGCCGUCUUUGGAUGCGCCCUUGCAAUGCUAUUGGAGAUUUACGAUUUCCCGCCCUAUCUGGGAUACAUCGAUGCCCAUGCUUUAUGGCAUUUUAGCACCAUUCCUCUCACUUAUCUCUGGUGGAGCUUCAUCAAGGCCGAUGCAAUCUAUCGAACUUCGACACAAAUUAGGAAGAUGAAGUAAGAAGAGGAGGAAGAUGAUGACAUCGAGGACCAAUGACGAUGAAGAUAGAACCAACAUUGAUUCAUGCUUACAAUCUCUGAUUUUGCUUUUCAUCUUUCAUUGACAGUCUUCAUUUUGAACUUUGUCUGUGCCUUGGUGCUGUUAUGUAUGAUUAUUGAUUGAGUUAGAAGUUGCAGGGUUUCACAUUUGUAUUUUUAAUUUUUUCCAACUUGUGCAAGUGUUUGAUGGUGCAAUAAUGAUUAGGGUAUACAGUUUUCAGUUGGUCUCAAACUUGAAUGAGGUAAUGUACUAUUAUUUUAUUUUAUAUUUUUUAA